AUGCUCCAAAAAGAUGGCCAGCAGUUGCCAUCUGCGAAGCCCGCCUCUGCCCUCGAGCUGGCAAUAUUUUCCAGUGACUCACCACCUCUUCAGCACAGCAAUGCGGAAGGAUCGCCAACUCUACCAGAAUGGGUGCGUCUAGAGUCUAGAAUUCGCCGCAAAACAGAUCUGCGCCUCUGCUCUAUCGCCGGAAUCCUCUGCAGUCUCAAUCUGCUGGACUCGGGCAUCCUCGCCUCCGCCUCAGUAACGACAUUGCUAUCCGACCUCGACUUGCAGGGCCAGCGCUACUCUGUUUCAAUUUUCAUCUUCACCGUCGCCAGCAUCGUCUUUCAGCUCCCCUGCACUGUUGCCGUGCGCUAUGUCGGCCCGCGGCUCUGGUUCGCGACUAUCACGUUCUGCUUCGGUCUCAUCACCCUAUGCACAGCAUUCGUGCAAACCUGGCGCCAGAUGAUCGCCGUCCGCAUUCUGCUCGGAAUCUUCAUGUCUGGCAUAUACCCUGGUUUGACAUACCUCGUUAGCACUUGGUACACGAGGCAAGAGCAGCAGUUGCGUUUUGCAUUCCUGCAGUCGGGUGAAGUUGCAGCCCUGGCGACAGGUUACAUCGUCAAUUACGGCUUGAAUCAGCUGCACGGUAAAGCUGGGCUCGAAGGCUGGCGUUGGAUGUACCUCGUUCAGGGACUUAUCACCUGCGUUAUUGGGAUUGCGACAUACUGGUGGAUGGUUGAUUUCCCCGAAAAUGCGCGAAAGAGCUUCCACUUUCUUACAGAGACGGAGGCGAAGGUUGCAGUGCAGCGCAUCCAGGCUGACCGCGGGGAUGUCGUUCUCGACCCCUUCGAAUGGCGAAAGGUCCUUGUCAACUUCACGGACCCAAAACUAUACGGCUUUGCGUGCAUGUACUUUUGUCUGAAUAUCGUCUCCACGUCACUCAAUUAUUUCCUCCCCCAAAUCAUCGAGUCGGGAUUAGGUUUCUCGAGCAAUGAGUCCAUCCUCCUUUCCACUCCGCCCUACUACUGGGCCGUCCUACCUGUCCUGCUCACCUCUCUGAUCGGCGACACAUUCCGCAUCCGCGGACCAUUAAUCACAUUCAACGCCCUGUGCCUGAUAGCCGGGUACCUAAUGUUCGGCCUCCCCUCUUCUACCCAAGUAACAGUACGCUAUGUUGGCACGUUCCUCGCAACCGGCGCGUAUGUCUCCAACUGGGCGGCCCUCAACGCAUUUAUGGCGAACAAUAUCGUAGGCCAGUGGAAGCGCGCGACAACUGCUGCAGCGGUGGCAGCUUGUAAUGGGCUCGGCUCCAUUGCAGGGAGUUAUAUCGUGCGGCAAUCUGAAGCACCGGAGUAUCAGACAGCGGUUUGGGUUUCAAUUGGGGUUCUAUAUACAAAGUACAAGGCAGACCGGGAGGGCGCUCCAGAACACGGUUGGGUUCCGGUAUACAUACUAGUGGACAAUGAUGAUAUACAACCUGAGUCCAAAGAAUGGCCAUCAAUAUAA